CCAUCUGCUCUGCGGACUGCAGUGAGAAGUAUGGUUACUGCGAGGCCCCCGCUGGCUGUACGUGUCGUAUGGGCUGGCAGGGCCCCUCCUGCACAGAAUGUGUUCGCUACCCGGGCUGCCUCCAUGGAACCUGCAGCCAGCCGUGGCAGUGUAACUGUCAGGAGGGCUGGGGGGGCCUCUUCUGUGACCAGGACCUCAACUACUGCACCAACCACAAGCCUUGUGCCAACGGUGCCACCUGCACCAACACGGGUCAGGGCAGCUACACCUGCACCUGCCGGCCYGGCUUCGGAGGGACCAACUGUGAGCUGGAAACCAACGAGUGCGACAGCAACCCCUGCAAGAACGGAGGCAGCUGCAACGACCUGGAGAAUGACUACUCCUGCACCUGCCCCCAGGGUUUCUAUGGGAAGAACUGUGAAAUCAUUGCAAUGACUUGUGCAGAUGGUCCUUGCUUCAAUGGUGGGACAUGCGUGGAGACCGUGACUGGGGGCUACACCUGUCGCUGCCCCUCCAGUUAUACUGGCUCAAACUGUGAGAAGAAGCUGGACCGCUGCAGCAACAGGCCUUGCCUGAACGGUGGAGACUGCCUGGACCUGGGCCAGAGUAUCCUGUGCCGCUGCCAGCCGGGGUUCACCGGAGCCAACUGCCAGGUCAACGUCGACGACUGUGCCUCCRGUCCUUGCCAGAACGCCGGAACCUGUCAGGAUGGCGUGAACGACUACACCUGCUCCUGCACCCUGGGGUACACUGGGAAAAACUGCAGCGUGCGCUCCGAUGCCUGCGGUGCUCGUCCGUGUCAGAACGGCGGCACCUGCUUCACUCAUUUCACCGGGCCGGUAUGCCAGUGCCCCAAAGGCUUCAUGGGUCCGAGCUGCGAGUUCACACUGCAGCCCAGUUUCAAACCUGCUUUACGCCARGCCUCCAAGGCCUCCUCCUCCACCACCCUCACAGUCUCCUGCUUUCUGGCGGUCCUGGUGCUGGUUCUGAUCGCAGGGAUUCUGUUCCUGAGGAGGAGGAGGAGGAGRACGGAGGGACGGAAGCAGCUGAAUGAUAUCGCGGUUUAUAACGACCUUGAAACGGUCAAUAACCUGGGGGGCAGUGAGAGAGAGGCCUUCCUCAGUCCAAACAGCCUGUUUAAGAUCAGUAACAGCACGGCACGCCUCAGCCUGUCCCUCUGUCCCGACGGCAGGCCUGGGUACAGGCACAACCCCGUGGAGGGCACCCUGGCCAGAGCGGACCACCAAGACUUCAUGUGGAGGGACGAGGCCAUGCUAGGCCCGGGUGCCGGCCUCAGAUAAAACCCACGUGUUCAAACAGGGACAGAAACAUUUCAGCACUUGUUUUUCUGCCGUCAUGCAGAGGGAAGACAGAAAGAGAAAACUGAGAGAAACGUUACAACGUUCAGUUCUGACGAACGAACAGUUUGGGUGAACAGGAUGUUUGACAGAAUAUAUAACAAACUUAAGACCCAAAGACAGAAAUAUAAGCAAAUGUUCAUCGGACCUAUGACACAAACCAAAUACACCAACUCACCUUUCAGCAAACAAACGUCCAUUUUUUUUCUUUUUUAAAUGCAUCAUUUUUAUUUUGUUUUUCAAUCUUCCUUUGACCAUUGUUUCCUUAUUGUGCGCACCAUCAUUUUUUAUUCUUUAUAUUAUUUAUUUAAGAACUUGUGUUUAUGAUUUGACUUUGAUUGUGACAGAUGUGAAAAUAUAUUUAUGUGAUUCUCAAUAAAGACUCAAGUUGGAUGUUGUACCUGGACGUGCGAGCUAUCCCUAAGAUCUUACUGUGGGAGUUCAUUGAACAAAGGUUUCUCACACAAAGUCAACCAUAUCUUUGGGUUGUAUUUACAGAAUCAUUUAUGAUGUCUAACUUGGUUCUUGUGCCAUUUUGUGCUCAUGCCAAAGUUUAUGUUACACAUUUUUCUUCAUGUUAUUUAAGUUUGUCUUGUGUUUGGGAUGUGGAAUAAAAGAUUGCGUGAAAA